AUGCAGCCGUUAAACUGUAUAAGCUUCUUGCUUGGGCUGGCCAUCCUCUCGGCCACCCUUGGCCCCUUCGUCGCCAUUGCACAUAGAGAAUUACUGUCAGUUACUGGCAGCAAGGGAGGAGCAGAAAUCAAGCUGGAACUCAGCGUUGACAAGAUCGGGACAGAUGAGGAAGUCAGAAGCAAUGUAUUGACAGGUCGAAGGCUGGCUUUUGGAGAUGCAGUCAUGGAGCAGAAGGAAACAAAGAAUUCUGGAAGCAGAACAAGCUCAGGAGAAAAUAAGAAUUACUCAACUAAUUCACGUGUGCCGUCAAACAUAAAGCUGGUUCAAGAUUCCCCAGCUCGUAAAUAUCGUCCUACUGAGAUUGGCCUGGUCAACAAGAUUGGCAAGUUCUUCUGUCCUAUGACUACUUCUAGCAGUGAUUCGGUUUUCUCCACAGCUGCCUCUGGUCUUGGAAGGGAUCCUGAGCACAAGCCAUCCCUCAAAAUCUCUCAGGCGUCUUCAGGUGUUCUUGGUGUUCACAAUGUCAAUGGUGAGCUUGAUGUUCAUAUUGUUCAAAGUGUUCCUAAUCAAGCCUCUAGCAUUUGUCAGGCCGGCAACAUUGAGCAGGAUGCCAACCUUCAGCCGGCUGAAAUGAUUAAUGAUGGGUCUUAUCCCCAAGCCAGCAAGAAGCCAUCCCAGGAAUUAAUUGAGCUACCUCCUAAUCGAGGUGACCUUCUCAGCUCCACUCUCAAUUGUCUUCAUCGCGUCUGCUUCAGAUGUUUGGGUGCUGAUCACUUCAUCAAAGACUGUAUGAGUGCCUUUAGAUGCCUCUAUUGCUAUAAUUAUGGCCAUCGAGCCAAGUAUUGUGUCAAACGGCGUCUGGACCUUCGGCAUAAAUGGGCUCCAAAGAAAAAAUCCCUCGCUGCAAACAAGGAGAUUGAGUGGGCGCUUAACCCCAAUGCUCCUAAUGACCCUUUAGUACUCAAUACAGUCCAAGGCUCCCUCACGUGUUGCAUCUCUCAACUGCAUCCUUCACGUCCUUUCAAUCCUGUUCCCGAAGGUGAAUUUGCAGGUCUGCCAUCGGUGACUGCUGACUCUCAACACUUCCAUAUGGGGGAAGGACAAAGCAGUGAAAUCAUUGUUGGAGAUCAGCCUAUUGAGGAACAGAACGUCAUUCCUGAAAUUAGCCACCACAAAUUAGUUCUCAGGGCAACAACUUACAAAUGGUGUGUGCUUUCCCAACUAUUGUGUCUACCAGGGUUCAGAGAGAGGACAUCACCAAUUUGCUGCUUGAAGGUUUUAGGCAGAUGA